UUUGUGUUCUUUCUUCACUUAUUCCUCUCUCCAUCUCUAGGUUCUCUCAUAAAUUUGGAGGGCUGUGUUAUCUUCUGAGUGGUGAUGCACUGAAUUUGUAAUGAUCAAACGAUUUAACAGUGAGAAAUUCGCAAUUUCUGCGAGUUUAACUGAAGAAGGUUUCGCAUAUAAUUAAAUUCUGGAGUUUCAAUGAUUGUAUAUGUGUUUUAGAACAUAUUCAAGCUCGAUUGUGCUGAUUUGAUGCCUUCCGAUUGGGUAUUUGGAAGAAGAUUUGUGUUGCAAGGUGAAUUUUCGAGAGAUUUGAGAUCGGUUUCGUGGAUGAGAGGAUCGCAAUCGAUCGACGAAACCUCAGAAUUCUUCCUGUUUCUCUGCUGAAAGCGCUAUUUUCAGCGCUUCAAUUGCUGUGGAUUCUGCUUGGUUUUUGAGGCGUAUGUGACAUCAAUUCAUUUCUUCUCAAGUUUUUUCGAGAGGUUCAACUCUGUUAACAUCCAAGUUGGAGACCAAGAUUUGGAGGAUUCCGGCUUUACUGAUAUUUAUCAGAUUUUAUCGGCAGAGUUUGUAGGGUUUCAGUGGAGGAGAACAGGCGUACAAAAGGGGGCGAUGGAGAGGAACAUUCCCCACUCCACCAAUAAAGACGGCUUAUUGCUGAGAUCUGAAUCCAAGUCAGCCGCUACGACGUCGUCCGACUUCGUGUUGCAGUGGGGCAACAGGAAAAGGCUCCGCUGCAUGAAGUUCCAGGCCAAGGACCACAACUCGGGUCCGGUUCAGCGGGCCACCACCCGGAUCGAUCGCCGGGUUGUCAGGUCGGAUCUCAAUCCCAACUCGAAUCAGCUCGAUACCAAUAAGAGCAACGGCUAUUUGAACCUCCGUCAGCGGCCGGCUAUUUUGAGGAAUUCAGAGAGUUCUCUUGGUAUGAGAGGACACAGCAACGGAGUAAGGGGUUUGACAUCCCCUGAAAGAGGAGAGAAGAGGGGUGGUACCACCGGCAACAGUAAUAGAACCAAGAACAACAAUAAUUCAAGUCACCGCAACGACAACCACUAUCAACAUGGCAGUGGAGGUGGUGGCUCCGGGUCAUCCGGGACAGGCCAUGAUGAGAAAAAGGGCGGCUCGUCUUCUGGCGGUGACACCACCAUCUUGGCGAUGUGGCCACCGAAAUUUGUGAUCGCCCUGACAAACAAGGAGAAGGAAGAAGAUUUCAUGGCAAUCAAAGGGUCCAAGCUCCCGCAAAGACCAAAGAAGCGAGCCAAGUUUAUCCAACGCACACUCAACUUGGUUAGUCCAGGUGCAUGGUUGUGCGAUCUGACAUUGGAAAGGUACGAGGUCCGAGAGAAGAAGGUUUCUAAGAAGAGACCGAGAGGGUUGAAGGCAAUGGGAAGCGUGGAGUCGGAUUCAGAGUAGAGGGGAAGAUUUGGACUUAGUAGAAGUUGAGGUAUGAGAGAGUUGAGAUUUGUGAAAAUGUUUACAAAAAGUGUGGGCUUCGAUUCGAGAUGGAAUUCCUGUGGUUCAGUAAUUCUUUCUCCUCCUUUUGUCAUCUAAUACAAUUGGUCUUGAAAGUAUUAUGUGAACAGCGUAAUAUUUCGCAUGAUAUUUCACCAAGUUAAUGCUCUAUGAUUAUUGUUAAA